ACUACAAAUUCAUCUGCGUGUAGACGCGGUCAUGUUCUAAACAAUUAAAAAAACUAAAAAAAAUGUUGUUAAUAAUUCUAGUGACGUCACUGUCAAUUUUAGUGGCGUUGUUCUACAUAAAGUGGUUGAAAGUGAGGAGCUACUGGGCCGAGCGCGGGGUCCCGUUUGUUCCGCCCAAUCCUUUUAUGGGUAACCUCACUUUCCUGCAGAGGAAAAACCCCUCAAUAUGGAUGCGCGAGGUGUACACGCGGUACCGCGCCCCCUACGUCGGCAUGUGGCUGUUCUGGCGGCCGGCCCUCAUCAUCAACAGCCCCGAGCUGGCCCGCAACGUCCUGGUGCGAGACUCCGGAAACUUCCGGAACAAGUUCAUGACAGCGAGCUCCAAGGAUCCUAUUGGAGCACUCAACUUGCUGUUCUUGAAGGACCCAGCCUGGACGAAUCUCCGUCGACGCCUCACCGUAGCCUUUACAUCGGCCAAGCUGAAGAGUGUACAGGCUGUGGCUGUCAUCAAGUCCCAUGAUCUGGUGACGCGGAUCCAGAAUGAUGGUCAUAAUAACAUCAGCCUUCGGACGAUGUUCGCGGACUAUACCACAGACCUCUUCAGCAUAACCGCUUUCGAACUGGCGAGUGACGCAACCCUGACCGGCGAGGGAGCGAUACGUGCCAUCACAAAAGACUUCAUGCAGUUCUCUGCCUACCGUGGCAUUUCGUGGUGCGGGAUAUUCUUUUGGCCGGAGCUAGCUGACCUUUUUGGGCUACCCUUCUUACCGAAGGAAUCAACAGACACUCUGCGAAACAUCUUCAAAAUAAUCUUCGAGCGUAAAGACGUAGAGCUGAACAAGGAGCCACGGACACUGUUGGAUGUUCUGAUGCAGCUGAAGAAGAAAAGUGAAGAGGAUGAUAAUGAGGACUCGGAGGACUUCAUCAUAGCCCAGGCAGCGGUGCUGCUGAUCGGAGGGUUCGACACCUCCGCCGCCACACUCACAUACGUCAUCUACCAGCUAGCCUACUCGCCUGAAGUACAGGAAAAAUUAUAUCAAGAGCUGUUGGAAUUGAAGGAGAAACAUGGCUACCAACUGGACGCUAUCGUCGCAGAAUCUACCUACAUGGACUGUAUUAUUAAAGAGGUCCUCCGAAUUUUCCCACCAAUGUCGUGGCUGGAUAGAGUGGCUCUUGAAGACUAUAAGGUGGACGAGCACCUCACCAUCCCCGCUGGUAUGCCGAUCUACGUGAACGGAGUAGGCAUGCAGGUGGACCCGCAGUACUACGACGACCCUUACACCUUCGACCCAGAGCGGUUCUCGGCCGAGAAUGAGAAGAACAUCCCCGCGUAUACCUACAUGCCGUUUGGAGAUGGGCCUAGGGUUUGUAUAGGUAAGCGUUUCGCAAUGAUUGCCAUGAAGAACGCGAUGGCAGCGAUUAUCCUGAACUACAGGGUGGAGUCCUGUCCGGGAAGCCCCAAGCCGAUGGACGCAGAGAUCGAGAAGAGAGGACUGUUCCUGAUGCCGGGAGAGGACCUGAAAGUUAAUUUCAUACCGAGAAAAUAAUUAAUAAAGAUCACCUAUUACGAUUA